AUGACGUUCCUGCAUACAUGGCUAUUAUUCACUCAGGUGAGAGCAGCUGAUCCUCCAUGCAGCUUACUAGGCCCACCCAAUCCUCCUCAACUCAGCCAAGAUGGUGAUGUAAUGAUUGGUGGUAUAUUUUCCAUCCAUUCCAAAUGGGACCAGACCACACAUGUCUUUGCAUCUGAGCCUGGGCAAGCAAAAUGCAGAAGUUUAAGACUCCGUGAAUUUCAACAUGCGCAAACAAUGGUAUUUGCCAUCGAGGAAAUCAACAACAGAACUGAUAUUCUUCCUGGGGUCAAAGUGGGUUAUAAAAUCUAUGACAGCUGUGGGUCAGUAGAAAUAACUACAAGAUCUGCUUUGUCCUUACUUAAUGGCAAUGGAAAGCAUUCAUUGAAAAUGUCUUGCUCCAAACCCGAUACAGUUCAAGCAAUCAUCGGUGAAACAUCUUCCAGUCCCUCGAUUGCCCUGUCUGCUACUGGAGGACCUUUGCAAAUACCUGUGGUCAGUCACUAUGCAACGUGUGCAUGCCUAAGUGACAGGAAGAAAUACCCAUCUUUCUUCAGAACAAUUCCCAGUGAUUAUUAUCUGAGCAUAGCUUUGGUUAAGUUGGUCAGGCAUUUUGGCUGGACAUGGGUAGGCACUGUAUGCAGUGAUAAUGACUAUGGACACAAUGGCAUCAAUGAAUUCAUUGUUGCAGCCAAAAAAGAGGGAAUAUGUGUUGAAUAUUCCAUGCCAAUCUUUAGGACAGACCCCAGAGAAAAAAUUCUGAAAGUAGUUGAGAUUAUCAAGGCUUCAACCUCCAAAGUGAUUGUCGCUUUUGUCUCAUACUUUGACUUUGGGGUUCUUUUAAAGGAAAUGGCCUUACAGAACUUGACUGGGUUUCACUGGAUUGGGAGUGAGGACUGGACAUCUGAUAUAAACCAAGCUAGUUCUCAAUGGCAGCAUCUUCUGAUAGGAUCCAUGAGUUUUACAAUCCCAAAAGCUCAAAUCAAUGGCCUUGGGGAAUUUCUGACUAAACUAAAUCCAGUGUCUGAUGCAGCUAUUUACAAAGAGUUGUGGGAGACAAUAUUUGAAUGUAAGCUUCCCACCAAAGAAAAUGCUGAGAUGAAACUCCUGUGCAAAGGUGAUGAAAGUCUCACUGAAGUUCAAAACAGUUACACAGAUGUUUCAGAAUUACGAGUCGCAAAUAAUGUUUACAAGGCUGUAUACGCUGUCAGUUAUGCCCUGCACAACUUAUAUAACUGUUCAAAGAAAGACAGUGGACAAGAAGCUCACAUUUCAUGUGCAAACAUAACAGAGAGCAAACCAUGGGAGGUAAUCAAUGAGCUGAAGAAACUCCAUUUCACAACAGCUGGAGAGGAUGUAUAUUUUGAUGAAAAUGGAGACCCUGCUGCAAGGUAUGAACUGAUAAAUUGUCAACAAGGUAAAGAUGGUAAAAUAGUGGUGGUUAAAGUGGGCUUCUAUGAUGGCUCUUUGCAAACACACCUUCAGCUGUCAUUUAACAACGUCAGUAUAGCCUGGGCCUACAACAAAUCACAGGUGCCAGUUUCCAUGUGUAAUCCAAGUUGUCCCCUGGGCACAAGGAAGGCUAGGCAAAAAGGAAGGCCAAUCUGCUGUUUUGACUGUAUUCCUUGUGCAGAUGGGGAAAUCAGUAAUGUCACAGAUUCUAUAACUUGUAUCAAGUGCCCACCAGAACUGUGGUCUAAUGACAGGAAAGACGCCUGUGUUUUAAAAUUGGUGGAAUUCUUGUCAUUUGAGGAAAUAAUGGGGAUCAUUCUUGUAUCCUUUUCUUUAUUAGGAGUGUCUUUUACCAUCUGCAUUGCUAUAAUUUUCAUGAAGCACAAAGACACACCAAUUGUUAGAGCAAAUAAUUCUGAACUGAGUUUCCUGCUGCUCUUCUCUCUGACUCUCUGUUUCCUCUGUUCACUUACAUUCAUUGGUCAGCCUUCUGCAUGGUCCUGUAUGCUGCGCCACACAGCAUUUGGGAUCAUAUUUGUUCUCUGUAUUUCCUGUGUUCUGGGGAAAACAGUAGUGGUGUUAAUGGCCUUCAGGGCUACACUUCCAGGAAGUGAUGUUAUGAAAUGGUUUGGGCCUCCACAGCAGAGACUCAGUGUACUUGCUUUCACUCUUGUACAGGUUAUUAUUUGUGUACUGUGGCUAACAAUAUCACCUCCUUUUCCUGACAAAAAUAUGAAGUACUCCAAAGAAAAGAUCAUAUUAGAAUGUAAUGUAGGCUCAGCUAUCGGGUUCUGGGCUGUGUUGGGUUAUAUAGGACUCCUGGCUCUUUUGUGUUUUAUUUUGGCUUUUCUGGCCAGGAAGCUGCCUGACAAUUUCAAUGAAGCCAAAUUCAUCACAUUCAGCAUACUCAUAUUCUGUGCAGUUUGGAUCACCUUUAUUCCUGCUUAUGUCAGCUCUCCUGGAAAAUUUACUGUAGCUGUAGAGAUAUUUGCCAUUUUAACAUCAAGCUUUGGUUUACUAUUCUGUAUAUUUCUUCCAAAGUGUUAUAUAAUCAUAAUGAAACCAGAGAAGAACACUAAAAAGGAAUUGAUGGGUAAAACACCUGCAAAAUGA